UCUCUCAUACCAUAUGGUCGUGUGUGCUUUACAUUGUGCACAUGCAACAUAGCUUAUGUCUAUGUCGUGUGUUUUAUAGUAUUAUGUGGUGUUGUGUCUGUCAAGGCAAACGUCAUCACGGGUUUUAGGUGGGCAUGAUUUCCGUGGUGCCCUUCAGUAGCACGGGAUGCGCCGCUCAAAGCGAGUCUGAAAUGCCAGACGGGAGGGACAGGGACCUUCAGAAGCCACACAGCAUCGUUUCUUGAGGAUUUAUAUAUGUAUAUCUGUUAUUGGAUAUCUAGUUCCUUGGAUCAUUAGGACGUAUUAUAACAGGAGCGGGAUUUUUGUCAAUGAAAUGCUUAAUAUUAUACCGGCGCGUGCAAACUCUAUACAGAUCAUUGGAAUUUAUUAUUAACUAUUUAUAAUGAAUGCGACCUUCUUUAAGGCAGAAUACUGUUUCUGUACAUCUCAAGGAGCCUUUCUUGUGUCCCCUUUUCAUCUGCUUUUAAAACUUCAUCUAUUUAAUGUUGUCUGGGGGUGUUCAUCUUCUCAUGAAACCACGACGAGGAACGACGAUCGCACAGUUAUUUGAAAAUCUACUCAGUAAAUUGUGCCUGUUUGGAUUAAAGAUGUUGGAUUCGUUGUGAAAGUUGGCAAUAGUCAUUAAAUAACUGUAAGGACUGGACGUUGGACCGGUUAUAUCAUAUAAUUAUUUCUGACUUUUCUUGGUCAACUCAAACAAUGGGGAUGAAGCUACGAGUUAUUCUGGGAAUGUUUCACUUCGUGUCACUUACUGGAAUGCCCACAUACUGUGCCAAGACACCGUCAGAGCACUGGAAGCUGACCGAGAGCCACAGAGCUGGAGAAGUGGUGAGGUGGUUGGAUGUGUAUCAAAGAAGUGGGUGUCAUCCCAGAGAGACGCUGGUGGAAGUUUGGCGGGAGUUUCCAUGGGAGACACAUCACCUCUUCCUGCCGUCGUGUGUAACACUGCACCGCUGUGGAGGCUGCUGCUCUGACGAAGCGCUGGAGUGUGUGCCAUCACAGACACACACACUCAUCAUGGAGCUCAUGAGGACCUCAUAUAUGAAGCAUGAACUUGUAAAGCUGCCUUUCACAGAACACAACCAGUGUGAGUGCAGGCUAAAAGCAAAUCUUCAUGCAGAACCAACCAGGCAAGGUCCGCCGACAACAAGAAGAGGCAGAAAGCGGCAAAAGGGGAAACCAAAGCGAAAGAAACACAUGGGAAAAAAACUGAUCUUAUUUUCCCCUGUUCAUGCCAACAGGACACCUGUGCCAACUACACCCCCUCCCACCCAUCCACCAAGCUCCGCCCCUCCACCACCUGCCAGAGAGGUGUGUCCGCCCUGCCCCACCCACAGGAUGACAUCACUGCCUCCCUCCUGUGAGUGCAAGUGCAGUUUGAGGGAGAUGAGCUGCACAAGGAGAGGCAAGACACUUAACCAGCGUAGCUGCCGAUGUGCGACCCAAAGUGAAUAGUGACAAACCUCCCUCAUAAUCCACCUAUCAAACUUUGCACAGCUUUGAGGAGAUCAAAUGUUUGCUUAUUCUUUUAUCACAGUCUGAUGUUGGCAUCUUACCCAGAUAGUGGGUUUGUGUUUGGGAAUAAACAACCAAACCCCCCUGGCCCCGCCCCACACACUAUUAUGGCAGUAUUAGAUGCGUAUACACAACUCUGUUUGCACAGUAUAUCCAUAUCUGCACAGAUGAGGAAAUGGUUCUGAAUAUCAUCACAUCAUUAAGCUUCCGAAACAGAAAUUGUGAAGCUUUAGAAGCUUCUUGCUGUCAUGAUCCACAACGGUCAAUGCAAAAGUUGUCUCUGCUAUAUUCUGAAGAAAACUUCAGCUCUACUUUUACACUGUAUGAUGGACGUAAUCGCAGUUAAGUGCAUUGAGUCAAGUGCUAAGGCACAUAUUUAGCGCACAGUGGGGAACUUUGUGGUACUAAACCCAUACAUCUGGAUGGACUGUCAUGUGAAAUGGGAAUUUGGGGAUUUUUGGGCCUCUGGAGCAUAUCUUAAAACUGAGGUGUGGAUUUUUUUCCAAUGUUACAGUGCUUUCUCCUGUCCCAACCUAAAACUGCAGAGACAACUUUUAGUAAGCAAUUCGUAGGUUGAUUGUCCAGAAAACACAUCAACAUUGUCUCAACCAGUGGCAUAAGUUAGGACGGGACCAUCUGUUUGGCCAACUAGGGCAAGGGGGGCGUAGGGCUUGAGAAAACAACCAUUAUUUUGCUGUUUUGUUUGGUGAUGCUAGAGAUGCAGAAGUCACACACUUCACCUUUAAAACAACAUGAAUGGAUCCAAGUGAAUCCACAAAGGCAAGGAAAAGAGAGAUAAGCAUGGAUGAAGUGCUCAACCCUAUUGAGCAGGACAAUGCUGAGAACUGGCAAAGGGAAAACUGAGAUUUUUUUAACCAAACUACUUAAACACUUAACUGGAGAGUGUUUGUGAUGAUGAAUGUUGACUUUCAGUCUUGAGAGAACUCAAGUGUCUCUCUACCCAAACACAGUAUCUCAUCUCCAAAACAUGCCUGAAGUCUCGUCUGACCCGUCGCAUGUAUUAACUGGACAGAUCGGCGAUUAGACUGACUGACGGGUGUCUGUGCGGUCUCAAAAGCGCAUAAUAAGGAUCUGCGCGUUUAGCCUAAUUUAUUCCUGGCCUCUAAGUCCAUAAUGUGGCUUUGCAGACUUUAUCAAUGAGUCUUUUUGUGUUUGUUUGAUUUGCUUUUUGUUCAGCUCCUUUCUUUUGGGAAUUGAAAGCUUUUCCCACUGGCUAGCCAGUGAGAGGAAUGUCAAUGGUAUAGAAACCUGGCGAUAAUCCAUUGGUGCUCACAACACACACAUUUUCUCUCUCUCCCACACACCCAAUCACACUUCUUUUUUUUAUAUAUAUUAUCCUCCACCCUCCCCCCCACCAUUAUCCUUUCAUUAGUCUUUUGACUUUUUUUUACUCUUUCUCGCAACACAUACACUGCAAACAAUCUCACUCUAAAUAAGAAUCUUAUUCUUAAUACAUCUUUGUCUUGUUUUUCUUGUUAAAAGAUGUAAACAUCUUUAAAACAAGGUAAUUUACCGAAUUAGCAAAACUAGCAUAAGAUAUUAUGGCUUGUUUGCAGAAAAUAUACCUUGAAUUUAAGCAUAUUUUGUAUUUUGGCAGAAGUUUUUCACGUAAAUAAAAAUAUGCAAUAGUGCACACUUAAUUGCAAGAGACACUAAAAAAAUCUGCAUACUAGAACUGAUAAGUACAUUUACUUGCUGGCUUCAACGUGGUGGUAAAGUUACAACCUGCAGUGAUAAGUCCAUUACUUAUUUUUAAACUGUGUGUGACUGUGGCAAAAUAUUUUUGAAAACUAUAUGAAAUGAGUCGUUACAUCACAAGUGCAAGUGCAAUGCUCUGUCAUUUGAGCUACUGUUGCGAUCUUUGAGUAGUUGGUUCUGUAAUACAAACGUUAAAAUGUAUCGCCUUACAAAUCAUGCUAUACUUAAAGUGUUUAGAUGUCAUAAGAUAGCAUUGUGUGAGGAACAGGGUGAAAAGUAAGUGUUAAUGAACUGAUAAUCUGCUGUUUUUUCACAAUUGAAAAGUGAAUAAAAGUCAUUGUUGUAGCGCCUCUAGUGGCCAUUUCACCAGAAAACUGCCGCGAUACGAACAAAGAGGCAUGUAUAAAUAAUUGUGGAAAAUUGUUGCCUUAAUAUCUUAUGCAGUUUUGCUAAUCAGGUGAAUUUAUCUUGUUUUAUGACUGUUUAUAUAUUUUUACAGGAAAACAAGACAAAGCUACUCAUUCAGAAUAUGUUCAUGAUAAUGAAAUGUAUUGUUAAUUAUUAUUUUAUUUUUUUUGCAGUGCACACGUACCCACAAAAAUGCAAGCAGAUAAAUAUAAGCUUUCUUGUGUUGAUAUUGAAAGAUGAAUUUAUUUUAUCUAUUUUAAUAAUGUUUUUUGUAAAGAACACUAAUGUUAUUGUUGUCCAUUUUGUUUUAAAGAAUGUUUAAAGAAUGUUUCUUUGUGUAUCUCUGCUAAUCCAACCUAGAGAAUCAGGCUGGUGGCACAGUCUCGACUGUGUCUGUGUUGAAUUUGAGUAAAGAAACUGUGCAAGCAGUGCACAGUGUUUCAUCUUAAUAAUCUCACUGAAUUAGAAAUAUGAUGUAUUUAUUUUUUAUAUCGAAAUGCAUUUGAUAUUAUGCUUUGCUAUGUUUCGUUUGGAGCUUUUAGCAAACAUUUAUUUUGCUAUGAUUGUGAUGAUUUGGGAAUGCUCAGUGUUUUGGUUGGAGGAUAUCUUCAGAAUUGUACAGCUUGGAUGUAGCUGUCAGUCAAAGUUGAGGACCAUGAGUUUCGAUCGAUGUUGGAGGCUGCAAAAGUAAAGAACUGGCUAUUUUUUUAAUGAUGGUCGUUUAACCAGACAUUUUUUUCUACCAAAUAUGUUGCAUUAUUGAGUGAAAUAUGACUCUUUGUUGUAAAUACAUGCAAUAAUGUAAUUUAUUAAGAUCCCUAGUACCCUUUCACCCUACAACUUCCCGAAUAAGGGAUAUUCAUUUGGUAUCGUUCAGUUUUUCCAAACUACAGGCCUGUGCAUGUCUCCAGAUGUGGUUUAUUACAGUCCACAUGAAACGGUCAUUUGCAACUCAUUUUACGUCCGUAAUGUGGCAUUUCUGAGUGAACCAAACAAAAAAAUAUAGUGUAGGGAUUGUGAAAAGUCCGGAGAAUGGAGACAGACUUGAAUGCAAGUUUGCUAAAAGAACGGCUAAAUAAUUAUCUAAUAGCCCACGUGGUCUAGGGGACUUCAGUGUAAAAGGUAAGUCAUUUCAAAGGUGGAGCAAAUUAUUACAUUUUGAUAAAAAAAAAAAUUAAGAAGAUCUUUUUACAUCUUCUUUCUUUAAAAUGAUGUGCACUGUAAGACCUUGAACAUGUAUCAGGGGGACGUUCACACAGAAUGUGCACUUUGCGUUCAUCAGCUCUGUUUUUUAAUUGUUUGUCUAUGUAAAACGUACUAGACAGAUGUGUUUGAUCAUUUCGAUUUGUUUUGCUGCAUUUUUAAGACGUCAAGUUAAAAACAGUUCAACACUGUUGAAACAACAUAAUCUCACAGGAAAUCGACAUGUAGCUUCCGAAAGUUCAUGUACCCUGAAAUCGACCCCAUACUGUAGAAUUUCUGACAAGCACCAUCCCCCAUCAGAUAUGUUUUCAUCAAUUCAAGAAUGAAUGCAUUAAACAAAUACAUUAAUACAUUUCCAUCUAUCACUACUGAUAGCGUUUUUUGCGCGUAACCUCAGAGACAGUUUCCAGUCCCACGGGAACCAGGAAGUAAUCGCUUUUACAUAAACAUUGGUGAGUGGGAUUUGAGCCCAUUGUAGAAAGGUGCCGCAGUUUGUUCCUGAGAGGCAGUAGAUGUCCUAAACCCACCCAUGCCCUAAUUUUAACCAUAUGGAGCCUGUAAGUCUGAGUAGCUUGCCAGGAACAACACAUGGAACCUUUCACCGAUCGCAACAAUUCCUCUUUAGGGUUGGGGUUUGGGUUAGGGAGUAGAGUUAAUAAAAUAUUUAUUUCUGUUGACUGGAUUAUAUUACACUGCCUGGCCAAAAAAUUUAAGUCGCAUUUGGAUUUAAAUAAUGAUCUGAGGUUGCUUCAGUUGGUCAGGUCUAGGCUCAGCAACGUUAUGUGGCAAUGUGCUGGAGUGGUUUGAUUCUCCCGUUGUCAGUACCACCUUUAGCUUUGAUUACGGAGCACAUAUGUCAUGGCAUUGUUUCAACAACCUUUUGCAAAGUCACAAAAUUUAUUUCUGUCCAGAGUUGUUUUUUUGGACAAGAUCUUGUAUUGAUGACGGGAAAGUCUUCUCCAGCAUAUCCCAAAGACUUUCAAUGGGGUUUAGGUCAGGACUCUGUGGUAGCCAAUUCAUGUGUGAAAAUGAUUCCUCAUGCUCCCUGAAACACUUUUUUGAGCAGAAUUUGAGCCCAAUGAAUAUUGGCAUUGUCAUUCUGGAAUAUGCCAAUGCUGUCUGGGAAGAAAAAAUAUAUUGAUAGGAUAGCUAGGUCAUUCAGUACAUUCAGGUUGUCAGCUGACUUCAUUUUAUUGCCGCAUAACAUUGCUGAGCCCAGACCUGACCAAUUGAAGCAACCAUAGAUCAUUACACUACCUCCAGUGGCUUGUACAGUGGGCACUAUGCAUGACGAGUGCAUCGCUUCAUGCGCUUCCAUUCUUCCAUCAGACCACAUGACCUUUUUCCAUUGCUCCACAGUCCAGUCUUAUUGCUCCAUAGCAAAUUGAAGCAGUUUUUUUCUGAUUAGCCUCACUAACAAGUGUCUUUCUUGUGGCCACACAGCUGUUUAGUCCCAAUCCUGUAAGUUCUCGCCACAUUGUGCAUGUGCAUUACUUUCACUAUUAAACAUAGCCGUGAUACUGUCGAUUUUUUACAAUGUUUUUUACAAUGUGUUGGACAGUUCUUAACCCAAUUCAAGCGACUUCAGCAAUCUCCUUUGUUGUUUUCUUGAUUCAGGCCAAUAAUUUGCCCAUUCUGAAACACAAUAAUGUAUUUUCCAUGACCACGGGAUUCACCUUCCAACAUGGUUGUUUAAGAAAUUAGAAGCUACACACUGCAUCAGUUAGGGUUAAAAGAAUAGUUGCCAGCUGAAGUAUAUUAAUUACUGCAAUAAUGAUCCAAUCAUAGACCCUUAAGUAUCUGCUUAUUUAAAUCCAAAUGGCAAUUUUUUAUUUUGUUUGGCCAGUCAGUGUAUUUACAACUAAAAAUACAACUCUCUUUUGGUGCCACCCUGUGGACAUUUAACUUCUACAACACUUCCAGAUUCGCCCACUGGGGGUAGUGGUUAAUAUUUUAGUAAGCUCAGAUCGAUUUCACCAGCAGAACUUUCGACUGCCUUUCACCAAAUUCACAGUGUGAUAAAGUUUGUUUUAAAACACAUAUCCAAAUACCUGCAUUGUGUUACAAUUGGUCACGCUCCAUCCACCAUUUUUUAAUCGAAGAAUGACAGUAAAUUAGACAUGUUUUGAUUUCAUGUUGGCUUUUAGGUAUUUUCUCUGUUGACUUGUCAAUAUUCUGUUUAUAAUGACAGGCUUUCCAUCUAAUGUCACUGUAAAAUGUUUUGUGUGAAAUAUCUUGUGCUGUAAACGUAGCAUUCUCUCUUUCUGAGUAACAGUAACGUGUAUCAACUACCUCUGUGUCUGUACAGUUAAUGUAACAAAAAUAUUACUGCAAGAAUAUACAGUAAAACUGUGACAAUAUAUAAAACAAAUGUAUACCAUAUGAAUGUAUCGACGACAUCAGUUAUUUCAUUCACUUCUAUGUAAAGAUCAGUCUUGAAUCCUGUCGCUUUGUUUGGCGAAUCUGUGCAUUGACACGUAUCUGUCAUAUACUGAAUAUCCAGAUAGGACAGGAAACAACAGAACCCAGUUUAUUCUGUACUACCAACUAUAUGCGAUAUAAGCUUUAAGUGUUUGAACAUAAUUAAUAAUGUUAUUGCUGUUAUACCAUCUGUGCCCGAAUCUCCUGUGUGUGUAAGUAUGUAAAAUAUUUGUCACAGAGAGACAUAACCUACUCUGCUUUAUGUCUACAGUAUGUAUAAAUGCAAACAUAAGUCUGAUCACACACACAUAUAGUAUUCAAUAUGACCACAACAGACAUAAAGCAAUGUGCUAUAUAU